AUGGCUACUGGUCAAGCUUUCAAAAAGGAGCACUUCUUUCGUGUUCUCUUUGGCAUUGUGCUUGGCUUAUUGUGUCUGGUCUUCUGGCCGCACAGCUUGAAACUGUCUGGCUCUAGUAUUGCUCGCCGCGCUUCCACUGUUGACAGCUUAGAAGUCAAUAACCACGUUUCCAUCUCUGCCCGAGAUGAUUACUCCUGCAGUGCUAGCAAUCCCUGCAGCAAUGGAGCUUGCUGCGGUGCCAGUGGCUACUGUGGCUACGGUGAUACAUACUGUGGCAAGGGGUGUGUCUCAAACUGCGAUGCUAUUGCAGAGUGCGGAAAGUACACGCAGCCUGCGAACAAGACAUGCCCACUCAACACUUGCUGUAGCGAAUUUGGAUUUUGCGGGACAACGAAAGACUUCUGCAAUGAUGCUUGCCAGAGCAACUGUCAUCUGAAUGUCACUGUCCCGGCAGGUGGAUCCUCAAGCGGUGUACUGCAAAACAAGGUCAUCGGCUAUUACGAGGCAUGGAUGGCUCGUAAGAGCUGCCACAAAAUCAAGCCGGUCAACUUGCCAUUGGAUGCACUGACUCAUGUAAACUUUGCAUUUGCAUCGAUUGAUCCUUCCACAUAUCAGGUCGUUGCGAUGGACUCGGCAACUCCGACAAGUCUCUUCUCAGAUGUGACCAACCUCAAGUCUGUGAAGGAAGAUAUCAAGGUCUAUGUCAGCAUUGGAGGGUGGACUUUCUCUGAUAACGGCACCGACACACAGCCCGUGUUCGGAGAUAUCGCUGCAUCCACGAGCAAUCGCAAAAAGUUCGCCAAUAAUGUGGUACACUUCAUGCGUCAAUACGGGUUUGACGGUGUCGAUCUUGAUUGGGAAUAUCCUGGUGCUGGUGACCGAGGUGGCAAGGCCAGAGACACAGAAAACUACGUCCUCUUGCUCAAGACCCUCAAAGAGGUUUUCGAUGAUAGCGGAAACAAGUAUGGGCUGACCUUCACAGCCCCUUCGUCAUACUGGUAUCUUCGAUGGUUUGAUCUCCCAAAAAUGGUCAAGUACGCGGAUUGGAUUAAUAUCAUGACAUACGAUCUUCAUGGAGUGUGGGAUGCCUCCAAUCCGAUUGGAAGUAUUUUGCAGGGACAUACUAAUCUGACUGAGAUCAAGAGUGCCCUCGAUCUUUUUUGGAGGGUUGAGGUCCCUCCCUCGAAAGUGGUCCUGGGUCUUGGAUUUUACGGUCGUGCGUUCACCCUUCAAGAUAAGGAAUGUUCAAAGCCCGGUUGUGCAUUCAAGGGUGCCUCGGGCCCUGGGUCCUGCUCGGAUACAGCUGGUAUGCUCGCGUACUAUGAGAUUGCCAGCAUUCUGCAGGGAACCUCGAAGAAACGAGCCACCAUCUCCCCAGUCCACGAUAAGGAGGCUGCAGUCAACUAUUUCACCUUUGAUGACAAUCAGUGGGUUUCAUACGAUGACAAGACUACAUUCAAGCAAAAGGUCUCCUGGGCGGAUGAAGUCGGGCUGGGAGGGGCAAUGAUCUGGGCAUCUGACUUGGACACCGAUAAAUACGAUGCCCAUACAGACCUCAUUGAUCGAGAAAUCAUAUCGACAUCAACACUCAAGCUUGAGAACAAGGCAAAGGCAAAUCCCGGGACAACCGUCGAAGAUUUGUUUGCGUUCACAGGGCAGAAAUGCUUCAAGCACACAGGGAAAUGUCUCAAAAUUGACGAUACAAAAGCCAUGUCCAAAGCAUGUGGCAGCGGCUAUACUGUUGUCGGCUGGGACGACGCAGGGUGCGGAAAGUCCAACUGCCAUUGCGGAAAGCCGAUUUGUUGCCCAACUGGUGCCGCCCCGAAGAACUGCAUGUGGCGUGGACAGGAUACUGGCCAAAAGGGAGCUAGUUCUGACUGCAGCGGGCAAUGUGCCGCGGGAGAAAUCAACGUUGCCGGCAUUCGCUCUUCUUGGGGUGGCGGGUAUCUCAACGAUAAAAACACGGGCAAGUGCGGUCGUGGCUAUAAGGCAUUCUGCUGUCCAGACCCUGACUACAAGCAAGUUACCAAGACUUGCUCUUGGGCCAAGUGUGGGGAGAACUGCCCACCCAGAAAAUCUGCUGUUCUAACAAAGUAUGACGAAUGUUAUUCCAAAGGACGAAAGUAUUGUUGUUCCGAUCCAGCGGAGCUGGUCAGUUGCCAAUGGGAGAAUGGAAGCGGCGGUGACGGCGAUUGCGCGAAUGCCGUGUGCAAUUCAACUCAAGUUGAGAUCGCCAAGUCUACCUUAGGUGAUGGCAGUACCUCUUGUGAAUGGGGCCGACAACGGUCAGGAUGCUGUACAGUGACGAAGGCGCCAACCCGCAAGGCAACCUGCACUUACAACAUCUGCGACUUGGAUUCCGACUAUUGCUAUUCCGAUCCGCUUCUUUAUAAGAGAGACGAUCAAGACACCCCAGACUCCGAUUACAGUGGUGACGACUCCAGCAUCGCCAAACGUGCUGGUAGAGAACGCAAGACAUUCAAAAUUGUACUUGGGACAUUCAGCUACUGGAUCGCGGGCUAUCCAAGCAUUGGCAAGCUCUUAAAUCCGGAAAAAUACGGAGCUGCUUUACUCACAAAGGCUUUCCGAACGCGGAGCGGCUUUUGCGCAGGCUCUACGCUGGAUAUCGUCAACUUGCCGAAAAAUCCUACUGAAAAGCAACGAAAAGAUCUUGACACAGAGCAUCCGCUUGACAAGGGGUUGCAGGGACUUUUCUACAAGUACAUGGGGAAUCGAGAGCUCCCAGGCGAUAGAUCCGCCAAUUUCCCAAAGAUUGAUCCCAAGUUCUGGGACAAAUUCAAUGAGCCCAAUGCAAAACUAGGUGCCAUGGCUCAAUUCGGCAAGGACCGCAAGGGAAAAAAGCCGAUGUCCCCGGCAGAGUAUUUGGCCGAAGCUUAUGGGUCCGAAAGGAACCCACGGCCCUUCAUGCCGGUUGAAAAUGGCCUGAAUAUUGCCAAAAGAGAUAUUUUCUUGGGCAAAUCUCCGGUCCAAGCUACAAAGCUCAGGAAAGCUGCAACGUCCGCUGUCAAAGCGGACACAGAUACAGCGGCAGACAAGAUGCUUUCGUUGCUUCAAACUGCCUUUUCCUCCUUUGAAUAUAUUCGAAAUGAGAUGUUUCUGGAGAGAUUCGACGGAGUGAUCGAUGAUACAUUCACAGCUUGGAGUAAUAUCGAGCAGGCGACUGAGACGUAUAACCUGCAGAAUUGGCACGGGUUGGUCUUGGAUGCUCAGUUCACGUAUGCCCUGGAUCAGGCACGUCGCUGGACACGGGAAUCAAUUCGAAUUGCCAGGGCUCCGUAUGUCGAAGCAUAUGAGGCCGGUCGCAGCUUGGCCACUUAUGAUCGUGUGAUGACUGCCUUGGAUCAGUUUGAGGAUCUUAUCUCGCAGAUUAAGAUGCCGGAUGUUACUUCCGAGGACUACAAGAAGCGGAAUCCCUAUAAUGGUGAGGGGCCAAGUGGAUCUAACUCAUGA